AAACAGCACCAGUCCGCGCCGUAAAACGUAGGGCUUCUCCAUAGAAAUACCCUUUGAAAAUGGAAUUUUCUUGCGUAAUGAACAUUUUGACUUACGUGUCUUGAUAAUCACUCGUUUGUUAAACUUUAUUCUACAACAGAUUUUCAGUUUCUGGAAUACUAUAUGCAACAUCAAGUGCCGUGUACUUCCUAGAUGCGCGAUGGUGCGAUGCUCUCUGCUCAAUUUGUAGCCCGCAGUCUUUUGGUUUUGAAGAGAUGCAUCAGUUUAAACCUUGUCUCUUUCCUCCGGACCUGCACAUUUGUGUACAUAAUGCUUCACUAAGUUAAGGAUGUAUCGUGAGUUUUCAGUUAUUUCGAAGAGUUCUGUCGACAAAUAUUUUUGAAGAUAUUUCUCAGCAAAUGCUUCAACUUCGAUGGCUUGAGUAUUUUGCACUCAUGUAUUUACCCGAGGAGGGAUGUAAGGUAUGGGCCGUCUACCGCCCUCAAAUCACAUGGAGUAACGGCAGACCAAGCGCGGCGAUUCGGGUUGAGGUUUAAGCAGCAGAAACAACUUUCGAGAAAUGCAUCAUCGAGAUUACCAGGCCAUUUUUUGUUGUUGCCUGUCCUAUGCCAUCGAUAACAGAAUUUCAGUAUGAUUGUGGCAUAAACUAUUGCUGGAGACCCUUGUCACAAUUGCCGCCGAAUUGGAUACGGUGGAUGAUAAUUUCCCAAACGGUCCAAUCCUAUGUGUACUGUGUUAGUUUGUUCGAUACGCUGCCUAGUGUCUUCGAGAAAAGCGCAGGAGGAAUGCUGGUCCAACAUCUACUGCCAUUUACUCUAAGUUUAUGGCCUCUACUUUUCGGUCAUUGCCUUCUCUCGCAGGUUUUACUCUCAUGCCAGGGUGAACUCCAGAGGUCAUGCUUGCAGUCGGCAGCAGAGGAAGCCAGCCACCAUUGCCAGUUGGCAUGCCAGUGUAGAGGCUACCCUCCCUUCCCCCCUCCCCCUCCUCCCCCGCCUCCCCCACGACUAAUGGUGGCCACAGUGGUGGACCCCGUGGCUCCCUUGUUGAGGCCGUGGUGGAUGGAGAUGGCGCUGUUGGGAACAGUCGGCUGUGCCUCUGUUGUUCUCCUCCUCUCAGCCGUGAUCAUCUGCUACAAGGCUAUUAAGAGGAAACCGUUACGGAAGGAGGAAAACGGGACAAGUCGAGGGGAGUACGCCAUGAGCAUGCGCAACACGAAGACGACCCUGGGGCCCAACAACACCGUGGUGUAAACAGCCUGCUGGAGCAGAGAGUGCAGGACAUCGCUGAGACCGCCUGCACCCCUAAACGGUCCCGCAAACAGUCCUCUCUCUGUCUCUGACCCGACCAGGGGUCAACCCAUCACUUGUUCUCUUCUCCUGGCCUGGAGAACAUCUGCGGAGGAGGAGGAGUCGUAAAACCGGAGAGACAAUAAAUAGAUUGAUAGAUCUAUAAGUAGAGUUGAAGGAGCUGCAAACUCCACAUGACCUGAGGUACUGGACAUCCUGUUCUUAGGAGGAAGUGGUGUUCGGGAGGGGGGGGGGAGGCAGGAGGAGCAGUGUGCAGGUCUGUUCAUCUCCUGACCUCCUAGAACAGUGUCUAUUCAGCACCUGGAGACGUGAAAGGAGCUGAUUACAUAAGUGCAUGCAGUUAUUAUGGAGAAUGCAACGUCAUUUUAAAAAAAAAUCCUCAAUGUCCAUCUGUCAUGUUUUUAUUUUGGACGCUGGCUUUCUGGAAGAGGCGUUGGCACUGGCUUCAGUUGGGCAUGGGAUGGUUGAUGGCUUUUCAUCUGACUAUGCAAUUCAAAGUCCAGGUUACACCGCUAAUUGACUAAAAGGCAUAGACAUACAGUCCACAGAUUCCUGGCCACGUUUUGUUCUAGCUACUGGAACCAACGUUGGAAGACUGACAUGUGACCUGACAUUUGUCAUCCUUGUCCAUUUACUCGUCUAUUUAUUUAUUCAAUUUUGUGGGACACAUGUUGACUACUAUUUUUACAUGAUUCAACGGGUUCAUUUUGUUAUUGUCAUGGGUCUGCCUCUUAGGUGGAUUAUUUAACCCUAUUUAUGAAUCCUGUCAGCUUGUCAAACGCUGGGGCAGGGGUCGUCCAAAAUGUCGAGUUGAAAAGAGAGGGAACAUUAGUCGUCUGGCUCAUCCUCUCUUCGUUCCUCUGCAAAAUCAGCCACAAAGUCGGGUGUCUGGGAGGGGUGUUUGUGAACGCGCGUUUUCCAGUUGUCAUUUCAGUACAGUACAGCUUCUUUUCCCUCAGAACUUUGAUCUCAGCCGAACGCCCCCUGGAAGUCAGAUCAACACGAUCUUCCACUUUGUCAGUCUCAGGGAGAGGCACAGCAGGACGCUCAGAUGCCACGCUCUGAUGUCAUUUCAUAGUCGUAAUUUGGCCCCCGUCCACCCCAGCCCAUCGCUAUAGAAACAAGGCACAUGAGCCGGAGACAGACGGUCUGAUUGGUGGAGGGCGUGAGGCUUAAGCGUGAGAUCAGGAUGCAGAGGGGACAGCCUUCACAGGGAUGUUCCCUGCAGCCAAAAGCACCUUCCAUCGCCCUGGGAUUCAACACAGCAGAGUGGAUUUAAAACAUCGCUCGGUAUACUGCUUCUUGCUGACAUGAUGUACGCUGUGUGUGUGUGUGUGUUGUACAUGUGCUGGAUGGCUGGGUAAAUCUAUGUUAGUCUAGCUGGAUCUGAAUUCUGGAAACGAACAUGAACUUUGCAUUGAGAAAGGCUCACAGGUGUAACCCUAGUCUGUGCCCAUAAGAUACAUCACAUCUAGAAUGCGACGGGGACUGAUCAUGGAUGCAUGAAUGUAAAUAUUGAUAUUUGAAAAUAUCUGCCUUCUGGACUGUUAAAUUACAUGCAGUGUAUCAGACAAUAUGUUUAUACAUAGUAAAAAUGAAACAAUGUGCUACCAUUUAAGAGUUAAUGUCAUCAUGUUCAUGGAGCAAGCCAUUCAUGUAUAUUCAGCAAAUAUCAGUCAUUGCACAAUGUAUGCAUUAUAUACCAAAAUGAUAUGAAAUUUGCAUAAGCGAAUACAUUUUGCUGACUUUUUCAUUUGUA